GCCAUGUCUACCAAACGCUACCGCGAGAGCUCAAGCACUUCGCUUUCUCCAUCUCCUUCGCCAGAACCUACCCCAAAGGCUAUACGCACCGCGCUUCCUGCAGACUCAUCUGUGUCUAGUCCACUUCUCUGUACUCUUCCGCCGACAUGCAAUCCGCCACACAAUCGGCCUACACCAUUGGCAGAUACCGGGCAGCUCGAGUCUCAUUAUGCCACAUAUCACGCGCACGUCUGUGAGGAAAAGGGCUGCGGAUGCGUGUUUCCAGACGCACGACUACUGGAGUUGCAUCAGACUGAAUGCCACAAUCCACUGGCUGCUGUGCGUAAGGACAGAGGAGAGAAGAUUUUUGCCUGCCAUGUAGCCACAUGUCCACGACGAUUUCUGACGCCUAAGACGCGUCGUCUGCAUCUCAUCGAGGCGCACGGCUAUCCAAAAGAAUAUUUCUUCGCCGUCACUAAUAAGGGUGUCGGUGGGCUGCUGAAGCGCUGGGGUGAAGGCGUGAGCAUGGUACGCGGCCAAUGGAAGCCACGGGAUGAUGCGGCUGCCUGCGAAGGCGUUGAAGGCGACUCAGAAAGUGAAAUUGACGACGGGAACACAGAUGCUGCCCUACGGCGCACCAGUAUCUCAAUGGAAGGCGCCAGCGAUGCCGUUGUUGUGGAAUAUGCAAAUACGCCCACCACGAGCACCAGCGACACGAUAGAAGGCGAGGCCGAUGUGGCCGUGCAGGAUGACGAUAUGGAUACAAUCAUGGGAAUCUUUGACUCACUGUCCUUGGUUCCGCGCAAUAUCAAGUUUGGCCGGGGUGCGUCGAUGCCCGGAUUCGGACACGAGCGAGCCUCCUCAAGGGGAGUGCCGGGCACGAGGGGACGGGGGAGGGCAUCUGUGGCGCCCCGUGAUGCUGGUACGCGGGUGCAGUCAGAAGUGUCGACUCGAGGCGCUCCGGGGGCGGGCAAUCUGAGGCGUGGAAUGCGAGGGUUUCUGCGUGGUAGAGCGAACGCGAGUGGGGCGAGAGGAAUAGGUCGAGCAGACGGCCGGGGCGCAUCUGGGGCUGCUAGAGGGGCUACUAGAGGAGUUGCUAGGGGAGGCCGUGCAGGCAAGGGCGAUUACGGGAGGGGAAGAUCUGCACCUAGAGGCGUUUCAUCGUAGGUUCACGUACCUGGAUCGGUGGUGAACGCCAAUUCUAGUAUCUCUUCUCCAACUAGUUUGGUACGUAGCGUAGGGGACACGCUUAUAUAACUACC